UAUCAAUGGCUUCAAAAAAAUUGAUCUUGAAAUCAUCAGAUGGUGAUGAAUUUGAGAUUGAAGAAUCGAUUGCGGUUCAAUCUGGAACGAUAAAAAAUAUGAUUGAGGACGAUUAUACCCUCAUCCCAUUGCCUAAUGUGAAUACUCAAAAACUAAUUGUAAUUAUCGAGUACAUGAAAAAGCAUGGAGAGAAGACGGAUUCAAACGAAGAAGAAAUUAAGGAUUUUGAUAAGGAAUUUUUGAAGGAUAAGAGAUACAAUGACAUGUUUGAACUUAUACUUGCGGCAAAUUAUCUUCACAUUGUCGAUUUGAUGAAUUUAUUGUGCCAGACGAUAGCCGAUCGAGUUAAGCACAAGUCUGUGAUUGCUAUUCGUCAGAUAUUUGGUAUUACGAAUGAUUUUACUCCAGAGGAAGAAGAAAAGAUUCGCGAAGAUCAUAAGUGGGCUCACGAAGGAGAAGAAAUUGAUGAAUCUCUUGAUUAGAUUUGUUUAUGAUUUUUAGGUUUGAUUUAAUUUAGUGG